AUGUUCCAAACAAUUAACCCUUCAAAGUUUUACCAAACAGUUUCAUACAAUCAACCAAAGUCGGAAGAAAAUUAUGAUUGGUAUGAGUUCCAUAUCAAGAUACGACAACAAGUUUCAAGAUAUGCUUUAGACUUCCGAACUUUGAUGUGUCAUUCUAGAUGUCAUACUGGAUUUCAUACCCUUGAAACCAAUAUUAUAGAAAAUCCUCUUUUCAAUGAAAAUUAUUACAAUUCAUGUGCUGCGAUAUACACUGAGAAUACAAACAAUGGUACAUGUUCUGAUAAUUAUAGAGAACCCAAAUUAGCCGUUUUGUGUCCAUUUUGCUAUCCUGAGUUUAGUUAUGAGAUAAAUGAAAUUGAGACAUUUCUUGAGGUUGAAAAUCGUGAUUAUGAGAGACAUUUAAGAGAACUUCAUGGUGUUUAUCCAGAUGGUAUAAAAGCUCCUCAACCAUUUAUUGGUGAUACAGUUCUUACAGAACAUCCAUUUGAUUAUGCUGAAGAUCAAACACCAGAUUUGAAAAUAAUUUGUUCUCAUCAUUUAGAAAAUGAUAAAUCACGAGCAUGUCUUGCUGGUUUCUCAUAUGAUAAGAAUUCUAAAGAACCAUUAGCUGAUUAUUUUAAUCAUUAUUAUCAUACUCAUGUCCUACAUGAAGAUGAAUCACAAAAUAGGCUACGCUUUCAUACAACUUUAUACAAACUUGAUGAUAAUGGAGAACCUGUUACAUUCAGAUUUAAUCACAUGGUUCCAAUCAGCCCUUAUCUUCAUAUUGAAGCAUUACUCAAUUUAAGAGAAGUUUCUGGUGACCAUAGUCAACAACCAUUUGUUUUACUUCCUUGGGAUCUUGAUGUUGUUCAGAAUUCAAUGGAUAGACUUCAAGAUGUUCCAAGCUUUUAUAUUUUAGAUACAACAUCUGAAAAUGUUCAUUCUUUUUAUGAAAAAUUAUUUAACACAAAACAACAUAUCUACACUUAUAAUGAAAAAAUCUAUCAGGAAGUUGUUAGGGGAAUGAGUCAUAAUUUUUCUACUUUAUUUGAAACUGAAGCCCAUUUAUUUGAUAGUAGGCAUGGAUUUAAAAUACCCAAGAAAAGUAUUGUACCAGAUAAAUGUCCUGUUGAUUCUGAUUUUUCUGAUAUUGAUGAACCACUUGGUAAAGAAUACAUUCGUUAUUAUGACUCCAAUUCCAAUUUGGUAGAAGAAGAAGAAGAUUUUGACUUAAUUGAAAAUCUUCCAACUGCUGACGGUACUCCAAUCUUUUGGGAUAAUAAUAGUGAUUUCAGUAAUUUUGAAUGUCACAAACCUGGAUAUCCUGCUUUCAAUAAUGAAGAAAGAACCAAGAUUGAAAGUUCUGGAAAAUUUAGUAAGCGAAGAGCUUUGAAAGAAAAAAUUAAAAGAAUGGUAAAGUUCUACUAA